ACUACCCUCUCAAAUCAGUCGACAACCGGUGGUGAUAAGAUCGAAGGAUACUUUGUUGCGCUCACGCAGACAUGGUGGUGAACUUCAAGGUGUUCAAGAAAUGCUCGCCAAACGGCAAAAUUUCGUUGUACCUGGGUAAACGAGACUACAUCGACUAUCUAUCCGGAAUCGAGCCAGUAGACGGCGUAAUUCUUCUGGACCAAAACUACGUGGACACCGGUAGGAAAAUAUGGGGACAGCUGGUGUGUAGCUUUCGCUACGGUCGAGAAGAGGACGAGGUGAUGGGCUUGAACUUUCAAAAGGAUCUGUACCUGGUCUCGGAACAGGUGUUCCCAACGACCAAGAAAACGGAGGAUAGCCUGACCAGGCUACAGGAACGACUGCUCCGAAAACUAGGACCAAACGCGAUUCCGUUUACCUUCAAGUUCCCCCAGACGGCUCCGUCUAGCGUGAUUCUGCAAUCAGGAGAAGAUGAAACGGGCGAACCUUGCGGAGUGACGUACUACGUCAAGAUCUACUCCGGGGACACGGAGACCGAUAUUACUCAUAAGAGAAGCACGAUAACUAUGGGCAUCAGGAAGAUUCAGUACGCACCGACGAAACAAGGUCGACAGCCUUGCACCGUGGUACGAAAGGAUUUCUUACUCAGCCCUGGCGAUCUAGAACUCGAGGUGACCCUGGACAAACAGCUGUACCAUCACGGAGAGAGAAUAGCGGUGAACGUAUGCGUGAGGAACAACAGCAACAAGGUGGUGAAGAAGAUCAAAGCGCUGGUACAGCAGGGUAUCGACGUGGUAAUUUUCCAAAAUGGCCAGUUCAGAACGGUGAUUGACGCGAUAGAGACGCAGGACGGCUGUCCCAUUAGCCCUGGCUCCAAUUUAACCAAAGUUCUAUAUCUGAAGCCAGAAUUGGAGAACAACAAGCAUCGUAGAGGCAUCGCUUUGGACGGAGGGUUGAAGAAGGAGGAAAGCGAACUCGCAUCGAGCACUUUGCUCGUUUCACCCGAUGUCCGUGAUUCCUUUGGCAUUGUAGUUUCUUACGCUGUCAAGGUGAAGCUGUAUUUAGGUGCACUGAGCGGAGAGCUCUCCGCGGAGCUGCCGUUCAUUCUGAUGCGACCGAAGCCCGUGGACCGGAUCAAGGUGGUAAAUGCGGACAACUUGGAGGUGGAGGACACUACGGAGGAGAAGGUGAAGCCGAUCAGCAGCUAGAAAAACGAUACACGUGACCGAGGAGCAGUGGGUGCAUCAGACACUCGCUGGCUAACGUUCAACCAGAGAAUCUCAACUUGCACGGUGGAACCACAUAAUCCUCAGAUGCUAACAUGUUCUGUUCUUUUAUCGAGAAUUCAAUUGUUUCUAUAGUCCGAUGCCGUGUAUUUAGAUGCUCGAGAGAUUUCCAGAGGGUACUAAUUACCGUCGUUGGAAGCAAUAAGUUAUCAUAUAUAAUUGAAAUAGAGAUCAGAGACGAAGUAUAUUCGCAGCACGACGAGGCUUUCUUUUCCUUUUUUUUUUUUUUUUUUUUUUGAGAGUGAAAGAACGAUCGGAGGAUGAUAGGCUGAUUAACGAUGAUAUCUUGGCAAGUGUUAAAACGAACGGUCCGACAUACUUGAAGUAGGUUAAUGAUUCUAGGAAUCCGAUGCUAUCGAUCACCACUGCAAGCUAAACGAAAGCGAAUCGUUCGACGAGAAACUCGUUUCUAGCAAAACUGCAUGCAGAUCUCACCCGUAGCCAUCGUUUGUACAAUAGCGUCCUAUAAUUAUCCAAUACUAUGGAAUAAAGAAUAUAUGCGACAAAA